AUGGUGGUGAACGUGUGGCCGUUUUUAGAAGCCAAUAGUCGGGCAUGGGAGGUACUGACACGUGGCGGAUCCGCACUGGACGCGGUGGUGGAAGGAUGCAACGUGUGCGAGGUGCUUCAAUGCGAUGGAUCAGUGGGUUAUGGAGGAAGUCCGGACGAGAAGGGGGAAACAACACUCGAUGCCAUGGUUAUGGAUGGGGUGAGGCGGGAUGACGUCAUGGUCAUGCAUGGGGUGAGAUGGGAUGACGUCAUGGACUCCAUGGACGUGGGGGCAGUGGCCGGCCUGCGCCGAGUCAAGGCGGCAGUGCGGGUGGCGUAUCUUGUCCUCUUGCACACGUAUCACUCGCUACUGGUCGGUGAUGCAGCAACAGACUUCGCCCUGGAAAUGGGCCUGCCCGGCCCUGAAAAUCUCUCCACCAAUCGCUCUCUCGCCAUGUGGCGCCAAUGGAAGGCCGCCAGCUGUCAGCCCAACUACUGGCGCAACGUGACGCCCGACGCCGCCCGCUCCUGCGGCCCCUACCGCCCGGCUCCAGAAGCAUCUGCUUCUGAACCACGUGGUGGUGAAACAGCCGUCCCUCAGGGGGCCGAAGCGGGUGCUGCACCUGGUGCCGGACCUGCUACCGGACCUCCUACCGGACCUGGAGCCGGACCUGGUGGUGCCGGACCUGCAACCGGACGUGGUGGUGUGAGCGUAGGGUGUGAUCCCAGCCUUGUUGGCAGGCAGCAAGGCUCUUCGAGGAGGCGAAACCGGCUGGCAUCACACGACACCAUCUCCAUGGUCGCCAUAGCACAGGCUGGAUGGGGGACUUGGCAAGGCAAGGCUGUUGUGGUGGCAGGCAGGCAGCAAGGGUCGUUGAGGAGCACAAGGCGGAUGGCGUCACACGACACCAUCUCCAUGGUUGCCAUCGCACAGAACGGCAGCAUGGCAGCAGCGACAUCCACCAAUGGACUCACCUUCCACAUCCCAGGGAGGGUGGGUGAUGCACCCAUAGCAGGGGCAGGAGCAUAUGUGGACUCCAGAGUGGGGGGCUGUGGGGCAACAGGAGAUGGUGACGUCAUGAUGAGGUUCCUAGCAGUUGAGCUCAUGCGAAUGUGCUAUACCCCAGCCUCCUCUCUUUCAUCCCAUCUUCCUUCCUCUCUUCCUCCUCUCCCACAUUCCUCUUCCCUUCACUAUUUCAGCUUCCUAGCAGUCGAGCUCAUGCGAAUGGGCUCUUCCCCAGCUUCGGCUGCCGAAGCUGCCAUCAGUCGCAUCCGAGCCAAAUUCCCAACCUUUGUGGGAGGCUUGGUGGCGGUCAACAGCAUCCUCGGGAACAGCAAAGAGACUCUUUUAGCUAAGCUUCACUUCUUUGUGGAGCUUGUGGGGAAGGAGACAGCAGGAAGACUGUGCCUGAUGUCUGUGUCAACCACUGCAUCAACCACUGUGGGGGGGAUGAGACACUGGCACUGCUACAGCCGCUGCAGCCCUCCCCUGAUGGACCUGCUACAGCUGUUCCUGUGGGUGGCGGUGUCGCCGGCUGUAGCAGAGGAGCUGCUGUUUAGAGGGCUGCUGCUGACAGCCCUGCAAGAGAGGCUCGGCAGGUUGAGCACUGCCAUGCUGUCUGCAGCCCUCUUCGCCCUCUUCCUCCUCUCCCUCUCGCUCCUCUUCCCCAAUAUGGCCCUUGGGAUUGCCUCUGGCCUGCUAGCAGUCUACUUUAAUAGCAGCGGUACAAAUGGUCAGUGGUACAGGUCCGCCCUGCACCAGUUGGUGCCCGCACGGCGGCCUCGGGUGCCCCAACCAGGGGAUGUAGCUGCUACAGCUGCCUCUGCUGCAGCUGCCGCAGCCCUCUCCCUGCUAGACGUGCUACAGCUGUUCUUGUGGGUGGUGGUGUCACCGGCUGUAGCAGAGGAGCUGCUGAUCAGAGGGCUGCUGUUCACAGCCCUGCAAGAGAGGCUCGGCAGCAACAGGCACGGGCAGCACAGGCACGGGCAGCACAGGCACGGGCAGCAACAGGCACGGGCAGCACAGGCACGGGCAGCACAGGCACGGGCAGCACAGGCACGGGCAGCACAGGCACGGGCAGCACAGGCACGGGCAGCACAGGCACGGGCAGCAACAGGCACGGGCAGCACAGGCACGGGCAGCAACAGGCACGGGCAGCACAGACACGGGCAGCAACAGACACGGGCAGCACAGGCACGGGCAGCACAGGCACGGGCAGCAACAGGCACGGGCAGCACAGGCACGGGCAGCACAGGCACGGGCAGCAACAGGCACGGGCAGCACAGGCACGGGCAGCAACAGGCACGGGCAGCACAGGCACGGGCAGCAACAGGCACGGGCAGCACAGGCACGGGCAGCACAGGCACGGGCAGCACAGGCACGGGCAGCACAGGCACAGGCAGCAACACGCACGGGCAGCACAGGCACGGGCAGCAACAGGCACGGGCAGCACAGGCACGGGCAGCACAGGCACGGGCAGCAACAGGCACGGGCAGCACAGGCACGGGCAGCAACAGGCACGGGCAACACAGGCACGGGCAGCACAGGCACGGGCAGCAACAGGCACGGGCAGCACAGGCACGGGCAGCACAGGCACGGGCAGCAACAGGCACGGGCAGCACAGGCACGGGCAGCACAGGCACGGGCAGCACAGGCACGGGCAGCAACAGGCACGGGCAGCACAGGCACGGGCAGCAACAGGCACGGGCAGCACAGGCACGGGCAGCAACAGGCACGGGCAGCACAGGCACGGGCAGCAACAGGCACGGGCAGCAACAGGCACGGGCAGCACAGGCACGGGCAGCAACAGGCACGGGCAGCACAGGCACGGGCAGCACAGGCACGGGCAACAACAGGCACGGGCAGCAACAGGCACGGGCAGCACAGGCACGGGCAGCACAGGCACGGGCAGCACAGGCACGGGCAGCAACAGGCACGGGCAGCACAGGCACGGGCAGCACAGGCACGGGCAGCACCGGCACAGGCAGCAACAGGCACGGGCAGCACAGGCACGGGCAGCACAGGCACGGGCAGCACAGGCACGGGCAGCACCAGGCACGGGCAGCACAGGCACGGGCAGCACAGGCACGGGCAGCACAGGCACGGGCAGCACAGGCACGGGCAGCAACAGGCACGGGCAGCACAGGCACGGGCAGCAACAGGCACGGGCAGCACAGGCACGGGCAGCAACAGGCACGGGCAGCACAGGCACGGGCAGCACAGGCACGAGCAGCAACAGGCACGGGCAGCACAGACACGGGCAGCACAGGCACGGGCAGCAACAGGCACGGGCAGCACAGGCACGGGCAGCACAGGCACGGGCAGCACAGGCACGGGCAGCAACAGGCACGGGCAGCACAGGCACGGGCAGCAACAGGCACGGGCAGCACAGGCACGGGCAGCAACAGGCACGGGCAGCACAGGCACGGGCAGCACAGGGCGAUGGUCGCUGCAAUGCUCUCUGCAGCCCUCUUCGCCCUCUUCCACCUCUCCCUCUCCCUCCUCUUCCCCAACAUGGCCCAUGGGAUUGCCGCCGGCCUGCUUGCUGGUGCGAAUGGGCUAUGGUUGUGCUGGAGACAGGAAGGGUGUUUCGACGAGAGCUGGAGAGGAGAGGAGCCACCUGGGUACUGUGUCUAA